CAGGAAGUGUGGCCGCGGAGCGCUGGCGUUCUGUUCUGUAUGGGUGUGCGAGCGGCUACCGAGUCCAUGUUGUUGUUUGAGAUGUAGAGAUGGAGAACGAAGACCCUGGCUUACCUUGUAAAGGGGGGAUGGACCUCCCUGAGCAGAAACGUGGGCUGGAUCCUACAGACAGAUAUGGGGAUGAGUCGUGUUCUGUCUCAGAGAAGCAGGAGGAGGCACCUGCUGCCCCAAAUAAUGGACCGUUAAAUAUGGUAGUUGACAAAGUGAACGGGCAGGAGGAGCUGAGAGAAGCCCCAGAGGAACUGAGUGACAAAGAUGUGUCUGAUUCAACCUCAAUUGACAACACUUGGGAAGAUUCGAGUGAGUUUCGCCGACAAAUGGUGAUAGGCGAUGGACCAUCAGGAGAAGAGGAGGCAGUGAUACAGUCACGCCUCGCUACAUACCGAGAUGAAGAUGUGACAGCUGAGAGUUGGCGGGCACACAGGAAACAUGUCUUCAUUUUAAGUGAGGCUGGGAAACCCAUUUACUCACGUUACGGCAACGAAGAAGCCCUCAGUUCCACCAUGGGUGUCAUGAUGGCCCUCGUUUCAUUCAUCCAAAGUGGGGAUAACUCUAUCCGCUCCAUUUAUUCUGAUGAUCACAAACUGGUUUUUGUGCAACAGGGCCCCUUGGUACUGGUUUCAGUUUCGCACACCCUACAAUCAGAGCAGCAGCUACGCCAGGAGCUUUUGUAUGUCUACGAUCAGAUCAUCAGCAUGCUUACCCAGGCCAGCAUCACCCGCAUCUUUGAGCGGAAGAAGAACUAUGACCUCCGGCGCUUGUUGACUGGCUCGGAAAAGAUCCUUGACCGUUUGCUGAACCUGGUAGAAUCAGAUCCUUGUUUCCUCCUUGGAGCUGUACGCUGCCUACCCCUCCCCGCCUCCCUCCGGGAUUCCCUGGGCACUUUGCUCCAAAAAGCCAUCACCCCUAACCUGGUCUUCUCCAUUUUGGUGGCUCGUAGUCAACUGGUCACCACAGUGCAGGAGAAAACAGUGAUUGAAGAUUGCCGGUUAGAACCUACUGACCUGCACCUGUUGCUCAAUCUCAUUGGGGCAACCUCUGCCUUCCAAACUGGGGAGAUUUGGACACCUAUUUGUUUGCCACGUUUCAACCCUGAUUGUUACUUUUAUGCUUAUAUUUCUUAUUUGGAUUCAGAAUGUACUGUCUGCCUCAUCCUUCUCUCUACGGACAAGGACUCUUUCUAUUCUGUGUCAGACUGCAAGAAACGAAUUGAGGAGGGCAUGAGGACUCAGAACUACCUGCAGGCACUCUCAAGUGGCUUAAAGAGCCCAUCCUAUAGUGUGGGGCUGGUGGGAGUACCAGAUCUUCGGCACUUUAUGUACAAACCUCUGGAUAUACCGGAUAAUUAUCGACAGCUUCCCCAGUUCACCAGUCCAGAACUGGAGGGGCCAUAUUGCAGUGAGAAUGAACGGCACCGACUCUUUGACCUCUACCACUACCUUCAUGGUCGCAUCCACAGUACCUCGCGUCCUCUACGUCUCAUCUACCAUGUAGCUGAAAAGGAGACUUUAUUGGCUUGGGUUACCAGUAAGUUUGAAUUAUAUACCUGUUUCAAUCCUUUGGUGACGAAAGCUGGUGCCAUCAAUGUUUUGACCAAGCUGUUACGUUGGAUAAAGAAGGAAGAAGACCGUCUCUUCAUCCGUUACCCACCCAAGUAUUCCACUACACCUAAUCCUGGGAAAGGAAGCAGGGCCCCCCGAACAGAUGGUACUGAGAAUGGCUUCUUUGGAGGAGGUCACUAGACCUAGGACUUCCAGUUGCUCUGAAAUGCAUUCUGAACGUGUGCCACCCUACAAAUAGCCCUGGAUGAUGGAACUGUUCUGUGAGCUGGGGGAGCUCCUAGUCUUGUUCUCUAAACCGGGACGGGUGGUGGAUAUGAGAAGGAUUGGAGUUUAUCAGGCUGCGCUGUGUCCCAUUGUUGGAGAUAAAUCCAGAAAGCUUUAGCCUGAUGUUUUUAAAUAUUUUUUUCCACUUGUGUUCUUUGCUUGUAGGGAAGUACUGAGUUUGGGUAGAGAUCCUGAGAUUGACUGGAAAUAGCUAAGGAGGCUUUGGCUGAUAUAGCUUUGGAAGUGACAUGUAACUGGAAGUUACAGGAUUUCACAAGGAUUGUGCUUAAAUUACGUUGACGCUUCUGCAGCCUAGUGGGUUUACAUUUCUUUUAGUGAGUGCUCAUACCACUCCUAUUAUUUCUGGGUAAUUGCUUUGUUUUCACCAUUUGGAUUCCUCUUCCUCCUUGGCAAUUUACUCAGUCUGGAUGCUUUUUCUUCCUUCAGAGUAAAAUCAGGAGGUAGGGAAUCUGGCUUGCUCUGCUUGUCUCAAAGAAUAUUCCAAAUGGGGUAAUAGUGGAAAGAGAGCCCCAGUGGAAGACUAAAAUAAAGUAAAUCUUAGAGAAGUUUGAAAAUACUUGCUGCUUUCUGAUAAACUGCUUGAUUGUCCAUAGUUCUUCUGGAAUGGCUGUCCAUGGCAGAUCUACAGUGGUGGGUGCUACGGAUUUAUUGGAAGGCUGGCACUUUCAGACAGUGUGUAAUUUAGUAAAAUGAUUUUCUACAAAGGUAGCUGAUUUGAAUCAUUUUAAUGCAACUUUGCGAGUAAGUCAAAGAAACCCAGUUCCAAAGAGUCUUUCAUCCUGGGACUAUCUAGCAGUAUUUUUGAUUAACAUACAUGUUGUAUCUUCAUUUUGUACUAUAAUUACCCUUUGAAUGAGGGAGGCUGCUUCGGCCCUUUGUUCUGAUACCAUGAGAAGGUAUAUAAUGUGUGAUAUAAUGUGGUAUUUAAUAUGUGAAGGGUAUUUUGUAGUCCUUUGAGGAAUUUGAUGUCUGUAUGUAAUGGCUCAAUUUGUACAGUGCAAUUAAUUAUGAUGGAAUUUUGACUUACUUUUUAAUGUCUUAAGUUGAACCUAAUUGGAUUUAAAUUGUCCCUUGGCCUUCCAUAACUUUCUUCCUGUCUUCCUUACUCUUCUCUUGCUCUGUUUUUUCAUGUUUUAAAAUUCCUAUGGGUAGCUACUGGAAUGGUACACUGGUUCUUGUAGUUUUUCCUAUAUUGAGGUGCCGCUGUUCUCUUUUCCCACCCCAUAAUUAGGAAGACAGAUAACCCCAUCGUAAAUGUACUUUUGGGUUUAAUACUGACAAAUAUCUCUCUUCCCAUGUCUGCCAAGUUCAGAUUUUGAUGGAAUAUGCAAGCAGAUGGGCAAAGGUUCUUCUCAGGAGGUGACGCCGGUGACACCCAGUUAACCGUGGCAUCCUUUGCCUUCCUGAGCAGCUGCUGCUCUGCCAUGCUAAAUGUGUCCUGUAUAAAUUUGCUGCUCUUUUACUGGGUCUUUUUUGUGUACGUAUCCUUCAUAUUUGUUAAAAAUAAGGCUUAGGUUUGGGAGCACAAUCCUGCUCUUCUUGUCAUAUCUUAAGAUGGAAGAGGAGAGAGAGAGUAUAUGUCUGUGCGUAAUGAGGGAAGACUUAAUUUAACUGGGGAUUCCUCUGUAGGUGUGUUGAUAGUGUUGAACUAUGAAAUGAAUUGGACCCUCUUUGUCAACGCUGCAAGAAGCAAAGGAAUGAUGUGCUUUUGAAGGGUGCAUCUGUUGCUAUUCAAUUCCUUCUGGUGGUGCAGGCUUGCUUCUGGCUGGCACUUUUUUCUACCCUGAUAAAAGAACAGCACUGCUUGUAUGCAUAAUAUGGCUGGAUGACAAUGAUUUAUAUUUCUAGCUAAGCUGAUACAAUGAGAACUGGAAACAUCUGAUUAAAUUCCAACAAAAUCCAUUUUAAAAUCAGCUCCAUCUUGGCAUGUGUCUGUUUCUUUCUCCAUCUGCCGGCAUGCUCAGCAAAAAAAUCUCUUUAACUUGCAAGGAUCAACUGCAUUAUCUGUUUCCAGGUUUCCAGGAAUCCUCUGUGACAAUGUGGCAAAUAAUAAGGCUGUUUCUUUAAACCAUUAAAACUAAGUCUGUUUUAAUUGUAUGCAAUCUAGGUGAUCAGUUAGUUAAUUUAUUUAAACCUAUAUCAAAUAUAGAUAUAAGGAAAACAGCAAUGACUGUAAAAGUAGGUCAUUUUAAACAUGUAUGUCUUAGGAAGGCAAACUCCUAAAAGUGGCAUUCUUCCUUCUCAUUUAGAAGAGGAAGAGUUUUGACAGUUGCUGCAUUCUAUAAGUAUUUGUAGUGUAAAUUCUUGUACUUUUAUACAAGUACUUCUGUAUGUACUUAUAGUCUCUGUAGUAAAAAAAAAAAGAAAAAAGGAACCCAUUUAAUUGGGAGCACUUAAUUUAUGCAAAUGAUUUUAAUCAGUUAAUUUAAUUAUUUAAUUAGUCAUUGAAGAUGUGCAAAAAGUUUACUAACAAUGCUUUUAAUGAGGCUGCCUGUUUUUAAUGUAGUUUGGUUAGUAAUUAGUUGCUUGAAAGAACCAGUUUUUAAAAUCUGGAAGGGAUUCCUUCUUCUCAGAUGUAAGAAACAGAUAACUUUAUUUUCUCAAGUCCUAUGUUAUAAAAUUUACCUUGAGACUGCACUCAACCAGUGGCAUCAAAAAUAUCAAAGAAAUCUGUAAGUGGAACUGGAAAUUUAAAAGUUACAUUCCUUUAGACUCUAAAGUUUAGAGAGGUAAUUUCUAAACAAUAUUUUUCUGCAAAAUUGGGGAAGAAAAAGGAAAUCUGAAACACUUGACAAAAAAGGUAACGCUGUUGUCAGUAGGCAUUCUACAUGUUGACUGUAUUUUUCUUCCUUUCCCUAUUUUGUGUCUUUCCUUUGUUCCUUCUGCUGGGCUCAAAGACAAUUCUGUCAUAUGCAAAUUAACUAGCAUUAGUGAGUUAUGUGUAGUGUCACAACAUAUACUUCAUUGAGAUGUUAAUUUAUUUACUUUUAAAUUAUUAUUUUAUUUAUAAAUCUUCCCUUUAGACAAGUAAAUAGCAAAGGAGAAGAUGUCCAAGUGGUCUAUAAACACUAAUUUGAGAAUAAUAGGAGUUUUCGGAGUGAAUAGUACACAAAAGAAAGUUGGUCAAAACUAUAUGGGACAAGGUUAAGGUGCAGUGCUGUCUACCGAAGAGCUUUUCUCCACUGCUGAGUUAAAAUGCUAUCUGCUGGUCCUUGAGUUGUCAAAAAACUAUACUAGCAUGAAUAUUUUCUCUUCUUGUUGCUGAUACUCCCUUUACUGAGCAUGUUCUGGGUCAUUGCCAAAUGGUGCUGUCUAAAUAUGUCAUGAGCUAAUGGGACAUAUGGCACUAUAGCAGGAAUGGGAUAGGUAUAUAUAGGAUAGAUACGGGAUCCUGUCCAUCUUCUUUUGUGCCCUCUUCCUACACCCUAUUCAGACAUGACACUUUGAAUAAAACUUAAAAAAAAAAACCAGAUUGGACUCACAAAGGAAGCUGAGUCAUACGCAGCAGGAUUUCUCUCCCCUUCUCAUCCUUUCUUUAUGUAGAUAAUAAAUGCUGACUUCCAGAUUUCUUUGUCUGUUCGAGAGGCAACUGGGAAGGAGAAUUUGAUAUUGCCAUUUUAGUGUUGCUCUAUUUUAGUGAUUUAUGCUAUUUCAGCCUGAUUUUGCUAAUGCCAUUCCACAGUUCUGUUGCUUCAGCCUUACUUUAGAGCAGUUGCAAUAUUUAAGUAUUGAACUGUACCCAGAUCUUUAGAGCUGAUGGCAAAAUAGUGACAGAUGAAGAUGACCAAGGACUGGAGGAGAGGGGGCAUGCUGCAUUCCCCAGAAUUCACCAAUAAGUGCCACUCUGAUCCCACCCACACUGGUCACCUGAAGACCCUUCCCCAGUUGCACCUAACCACGAAACAAGCAUACCAUUUUUCUGUUGUGCCCCCAUAGUAUUGCCUUCAUCUCACCCCUAAUUCAUUCUGAGCAAGCUUUACUCAUUCUCAGCUGUACUGGUUAAAGCCUAUUUUCUUCCUUAACCUGACAACAUCCAACAGCAGCUGCAAUGGGUAUAAAAUUGCCUCCCAUUACACUGGAGAUGAAGUGGGUUUUGAACUCCAUUUUGGACAUCAUUUGCUACUUUUGCUAUAUCUGUGGCCUGUCUGGAAUAGGGGGAGCACAAUUUAACAUUGCUGACUGCUGAUCCAUUUAAAACUAUGCCAAACGUGGAACGGAUAUAUUUGUAUUGCAGGGGUGGGAUGCACUUCAGCCAUUACUGGUCCAUGCAAUUUAGACCACUUUGGGCUCUUUCUGCAUGUCUCCCUUCCUCCAGUGAGUGUGGAAGUAACUUAUUUUUUUGGAUCUCUCCUGAAAGUGUUGGCUCCUUUCUGUUAUAAGAUGGUGUAUACUUGAAGUGCAUAUUUUGAAAAUAGACUUGAAAAACAAGGCCACAUUUUCAAAAGGUAUCUUUUUCCAGGCUGGACUACACAAAGAUAGAGCUGUUCUUUUACGUUUCUUUUUCCUUUGUCACAAAACCUGUCAGCAGUUAUCCUGCACCUGCAGAAUAAAUGAGGUUUCACAUUACCAGUGGAAGAAUAUUGUAUUAUGUAUAGGUGAAAAUUGUGUGUUAUUUUUCAUUACUUUGGAAACUGGAGGCAGGCAAGUCAGUUGUAUUUAAAUCUAGGCAAGAUCAAAAAGUAAUGCUUGGCAAGCUUUGUAAUAUAAAGGGCAUGAGUCUAUAAUUUAAAACAAACAUGGGCAAUGUUUUACUACCCAGAGCUGUCUUUUAUUUUUAUCUUUUUCAGCCACUGAGGGCCACAGCAUGGCUGGUGAUGUGGUAAUCUCCCUGGAGGGGAUGGAGCCACAUUUUUUGUUUUAAACGGCCUGGGUGUUUCUUUAAUGCAAAAUAAUGUGUUGUUUUAUGUCCCCUCUCCUGAAAUUGCCUUGCUGUCAAAUUGUGAUAGUGCUAUGGAGAGGAGAGUGCCUGGGGGCUGCAAAAAUGGGUCUAGGGAUCACAUGUGCAUCCUGACUUAAUACAUUUGGCCCAUUCUUUUCAUUUAGCCUGGGGUGCUGCUGGAUUAAUGACUGAGUUUGAGUGUCUAGGGACUGGUAGUGAUUUUUUACUUUUAGAAUAAGCUAUGAUCUUUUCUCAUAGAUACAUAUCAUUCAGGCCUUUGGAACGGUACAGGUAGGCCAGAAUAAUGUCUUUUUAUAUAGGAUUUCAGUCAGUAUAGAUGCUUUCAGUGGCUGCCUGCAAGGUCAAGGAAAAUCCUAUAUGCUUGAGUGUCUCUUCUCUCUCUCCAAAUGCAUUAUUUACCAAAUGCAUUUCAAGGAGCUGGGGAUGACCAAGAAAGCCGCAAAAGUUCUAUGCCAGAAGCAUUUCCACCCGAGAAAUGCUUCUGGCAUAGCACCAAUUGUAAGCCGCCCAGAAUCACAAAUGUGAGAUGGGUGGCUAUAUAAAUAAAAUAAAAUAAAUAAAUAUGUACAUCAUCCAUUGUAAAAUUCUGUAUGCUGGGAGACUUGAUAAAGCCUAGACUCCUUUAAUGUUUAAGCUGGCUUGUUCGGCUCUGGACAGAGCAGGUUCCUACAGACUAAUUUCUUUUGAACUGGGAGGGAUUAACUUGAUUGUUUAAAAAAUGUCAUCUUUCCUUUUUUGGUGCUAAAUGAAGAGUAAUCUCCACUUUAUUAUUAAUUCAAACAGCUCCUCAUUUUCCAGAAAUAUGUGUUUGACUUUGAUUUCUUGAAAAAUGUAACUUUCUAUAAGAUCCUGUUUUUAGUCUUUUAUUUGCUUUUGUUCCAUCUCUUUCCAUUCUUCACACUUUACUGGUAUUCUGUUAAGAAACAGCAUUUCUCUGAUCCUCUUCAGUUGUAUAACCUGCCCUAGGAUCUAGUAUUAGUUACGUAAUGUCUUAAGGCUGUUACACUUGACCAUUGUUUUAUUUCCCCCUUUUUGCUGCUUUUGUACAUUAUAGAAAACUUGAUGGAGUGUGGUAAGCAAAGUAUCCUUGGCCCCAUCAGAGCAUUUCUCUUUGGCAGAGUCUCUGAGGUCUUGAAGGAAGAACUGAGCUCUUGUAAAUAAAUAAUAAAGCUAUGUCAACUGCUGCACUUGAAGGAGCCUAAUAAAAUAUUGGAGACCUAA